GUCACGCGGACAGAAAAACCCGGAAGUAAGCUGCAGUUUGUGGAAACAGCAGCGGCAGAAAACAAAAUGACGACGGCGGCGCUGACGGCGGGUCUGGACCGGAUCCCGGACCAGCUCGGGUACCUGGUGAUCAGUGAGGACGGAGUUCUGGCCUCUGCAGGUGAGCUGGAGAACGACGAGCACACAGCCGGAGUCAUCAUGCAGAUGGUUCGGACCGCCUGUCGCUUCAGGUCGUCAGGAUCGGCCGACGCCCCCUUCAAGCGCAUGUCAGUGAUCCUGGACGACUUCGUUUACGUGGCGACCAUCUCGGGUCAGAAGGUGUUCGUGGUGAAACGCCAGAACCACCAGCACCAACCGGUCAACGUGUAGAGGGGGCGGAGCUUGUUUUUGUUUACGCUGUCUGUAAAUAAAGUGUCUGAACAUCCUGAACAGAAACAAUAAAAGUCCAAACGUGA